AUGUUUUUAGUAUUUUUUUUGAUAUAUCUUUUUUCUAUUAAUGCUUCUUCAAAUAAUAAUUUUACCAAGUUGCAAGCAGUUGGGGCUAAAGGAAAACUUAUGUGUUCUGGUUUUCCCAUCGUUAAUGCGAAAAUUAAACUUGUUGACGUAGAUAUAUAUCCUGAUAAAAAUGAUUUACUGGGUGUUACGGUAACUGAUGAAGAUGGUUUUUUUGAAAUUCGUGGUGCAACAAUUGAAGAAAUGGAAAUUGAACCAAUUUUAAAAAUUUAUCAUUAUUGUGGAAAUACUAAAAAUACUUGUGCUAGAAAAGCGACAUUUCAUAUACCACCUAAAUAUAUUCAUGAUAUUAGUAAAAAGUUAUACUUUGAUAUUGGUACUAUUAAUAUGGAAAUUGGAUUUAGGAAUGCUGAAGAAAAAGACUGUAGACAUAAAAGAAGCUUUGAAAGAAUGAAUAUGAAAUCAAAAAAACAUUUAUAUUACAAUAACAUUCAAUAA